AGAGCCUAAGAUGUCGGCUCGGUCAUGUGAUCAGCUGUGUCCAAUCACAGCUGAUCACAUGGCACUGAUGAUCAGUGUAGCCCCAGCAGUGCCACCUGUCAGUGUCCAUCAGUGCCUUGUGUCAGUGCUCAUCAGCGCAUCAUGCCAGUGCCCAUCAGUGCCACAUCAAUGCCACAUAUCAGUGCCUACCAGUGCACAUCAAUGCCACAUAUCAGUGCCCAUCUGAGCUGCCUUUCAGUGUCACCCAUCAGUGCCAGUCAGCGCCACCUAUCAAUGCCAAUCAGUGCCACCUAUCAGGGCUGCAAAUCAGUGCCACCUAUCAGUGCCAGUCAGUGCUGCCUAUCAGUGCUGCCUAUCAGUGAUGCCUGUCAAUGUCCAUCAGUGCCACCUACCAGUGCCUCCUCAUCAGUG